AUGCAGUUUGGAAAGGAGUUUGUGAGGCGAAACAGCUUCUACAAAUGUGUGAUAAAUGACGAGGAAAUAGACCUGGAUUCUGCAGAUGUGUUUGAGUUGGCUUUCAAAGGGAAGGCCUCUGCCAUCGACCACCUGAGCCGGAAAAGUCUGGAACACCUAAGCUUCAGGGAUGAGAAUGGAGCUAGUCCACUACACUAUGCUUCGGCUGGAGGACACCUGGACAUAAUUCGCCUCAUUGUUUCUGUCGUGAGGCCUGAGGAGCUGAAUGUACAGGACGAGCAGGGCAGAACUCCUCUGCACUGGGCUGUAGAGCAGGAUCAACCGCACAGCUGUGCAUUAUUGCUGGAGCUGGGUGCUGACCCCAACAUCCUCAACAGCGCCAUGAUGGGCCCUCUGCAUCUGGCUGUCACAAAGAGAUACAAUCAUCUAGUAGAGGUCCUUUUUCAGUCCUGUGACAAAACAGAUGCCAAUAUGCAGGGGGAUCUGGGAAACACCCCUGUGAUGCUGGCCUGCUGCACUAAUAACUGCGAAGCUAUUCAGUUUCUUUUCAAACAUGGCGCCAAGAUGUGUAUUCAGAACAAACUGGGUCACUACGCUAUCCAUACGGUUGCUUUUGCAGGUGCCAAAGAGGCCAUGGAGCUGGUUUUAAAAAUUGGAGAAGAACUGGGCUUUUCCACUUCAGUGCACAUUAACUGUUUGGAUAAGACCAAAAGUACUCCCCUCCAUCUGGCUGUACGAGGGGGCAACAUUGAGGUGAUCAAACUUUGCAUCAUUAAAGGAGCCAGAGUGGAUCAGAAACAGUGUGACAAAUCCACGGCCCUCCACUUUGCCUGCACUCAGGGUGCUCUGGAAGCCGUCAAAAUCAUGCUUUCUUCUUUCAACAAAGUGGAAGACAUCAUCAACAUCAGGGAUGGAGCCAAUCAGACCCCCUUACAUAGAGCCACGUUGUUUGAUCAUGUCGAGUUGGUUGAAUAUCUUAUUUCAAAGGAAGCAGAAAUUGACUGCAUUGACUGUAAGGGACUGUCUCCUAUGCUGAUGGCCUCCAGAUGCGGUGCUUGGAAAACAGUUGCGUUUUUGCUGUCAAUUGGUGCCAAUUUCAGAAUCAAAGACAAAGUAGGUCGCAACUUCCUCCACUUUGUCGUUCUUCAACCAAAAGGGCUGAAAAAUCUUCCUGAGACAGUCUUACAGAGCAACGCCGUGAAGGAGAUGUUGUCUGGUGAGGAUGUUGAAGGCUGCACUCCUCUGCACUACGCCUGCAAACUUGGCAUCCACGAUUCGGUCAAAAAUAUGCUGGGUCUUAAUAUCUUUGUGGGUCAAAAGUCACGGGAGAAGAAAUCAGCGCUUCACUUCGCUGCAGAAUAUGGGCGUACAAACACAUGUAAAAGGCUGCUGGAGACCCUCACAGACUCUAAAAUGCUGAACGAUUGGGAUGAAAAGGGUCUGACGCCCCUCCAUCUUGCUUCAAUGGCAGGACACACUCAAGUUGUGGAGCUGCUGCUCAGGAGUGGUGCGCUGUUUCAAAGGUGUGGCGAGGCAAUAAAGUCAUUUAAAGCAACAUCCCGCUGUCCCGUGAUAGACAUCAUAGAGUUCCUCCCAGAGUCUUUUAAGCACCUUCUGGACCGGUGUAUUUUAGAAUCUGAUCAUGAUGCCAACAGUCCGGAUUAUCAUAUCAAGUAUGGUUUUCAGUGGCUUCAGGCUCCAAUACAGUCAAUGAAGUAUGCUAAAGCAGACAAAGCAAUGAAGUGCCAACCUUUAGCUGCUAUGAACGCCAUGGUGCAGUACAACCGUCUGGAGCUCCUCACUCACCCCGUGAGCCAAAAAUAUCUGGAGAUGAAGUGGAAGGCGUAUGGAAGCAAGGUUCAUUUGCUGAACCUGGCUGUCUACCUGCUUGGCUUGUUGCCCCUCACAUACCUCAUCCUCAAUCUGAGACCGAAGCAGGAUGUUUUUGGAAACAAUACAUCUGUCAUCAUGGUGCCCGUAUCUUUUAGAGAGCAAAAAAGUUUAAUCUCAGCCUGUAUAAUCAUGGUGCUUGUCUUUAAUGUGUAUUCCGUUUGCAAAGAGCUGGUGCAGAUGGCUCAGCAGCGAAUAAACUACUUCACGGACUUCUCUAACCCUGCUGACUGGGGUGCAGCUAUUAGCUCUUUAGUCUUUGUCUUUCCCAUGUGCUUCAAUCUAGAGAACACAUGGCAAUGGGAGGCUGGAGCUUUCGCCAUUCUGACUUCAUGGAUCGCUUUCCUGCUCUACUUUCAGAGGUUUGAGAGAAUUGGAAUUUACGUGGUGAUGUUUGGUGGAAUCAUUAGGACCCUGUUGUGCAUCAUGAUUCUCUUUAUCUUCCUCUUACUCGCAUUUGGAUUGGCCUUCUACGCUUUGAUGCUCCACCAGGAUGAGUUCAGCUCCAUCAGCCUUGCGUUAGCCCAGACAUUUGUGAUGACAGUGGGAGAGCUGAAUUACCAGAGCACAUUUCUGAACGCUUAUGAAAAUGGCCGCAUGGCAUUCCCUGGAGUCACCUAUUUUAUUUUUGUGAUCUUUGUGCUCCUCAUGCCUAUUCUUCUCAUGAACCUAAUGAUUGGUUUGGCAGUAGGAGACAUCGCAGAGGUACAGAGAAAUGCAGAGUUGAAGAGGAUAGCCAUGCAGAUAGAUCUUCACACUGCCCUUGAGGAGAAGCUACCUUACUGGUUCCUGAAGCGUGUGGACAAACCGACUAUCACCAUCUAUCCCAAUAAAUGCAAGAAAGUGCUGAUGCAGGUGCUCAUUGAGGGCGAGAUCCAAAACAGAGUUCGCACCCGUCUGAACCUCUGUUCACGGCAAGGAGGGCCUCUGGAGAGAGAGCUGCACAAACAGAAGAACAGGUUGAAAGCGAUGUUCUGUAUGCUGGAGAAACAGCAUAACCUGCUCAAGCUGAUCAUCCAGAAGAUGGAAAUCACUUCUGAGGCUGAUGAAUAUGACUGCCCACAUAACCCUAGAGCUCUGAAACAGCCCACUUCCUCCUCAUCUCAGAAGUCAAAGUGGGUCCCGCUGCUGCAAGCUAUUAAGGCAAAGAAGUGA